GGCAAAAGCAAAUAUGCAAUUUCACGGUAGCGCAAUAAAUGCGCAAGAUAAAAUCCACAAACUCGUUUAAGAGAAGCCGGGAAAGACGUGUUUAUGCGAAGUUCAGUGCAUGUGUUUGGUCUUAGGGGUUGCUGCGCGGCUCAAUAGAGGUAGACAGUUUUGGGUACAGCCCACUUGGACGCCAUUCGUUGCGCUUGGCCAAGGAGCACCACUGCAAAAGCUUGUAGGGAGUGAGUGCCUAUUUCGUUGAACCGGUUGUACAGGUUUAGUUGUUAAUUUGACAGUGUGAGUGUGCACGUUUUGAUGAGAUUGUAUACUGUGUAUAUGGUUUUGUAUUCGAAGAGCAACAAAAUUGUACUGAGCGAGAGCGCGUAAUCGGCCAAGUGUGUACUACGAGCAUCGGACGGAUACUUGGUGCGGCAGCGGUACACAGUUGUGGUUUAUUCUGACAUCGAUUGUCGUUGAGUGAACACGUAAAACGCGCGUCGAAAAGAUUUUUCGCAAAAAAAAAAGAUUGAAAUAAAACACAAAUAUUUCAAAACGUACGGAUUCGUGAGUGAGUCGUUACUUAAAUAAAAAAAAAUAAAACAGAUAAAAGAAAAUGGUUUAAUAAAACAAACAAAUGUUAAAAAUAUAUGCAUUUAUGUAUAUGUAAACAAUAUCAAUUAGCAAACAAGAGCCUAUCAGAAAAUACAGUGCAGUGCUCUAAAAACAUACAAUGCAAAAGUGAACACAAAUAAUUAUUCCAUCAGCAAUUAAAGACAGUUGGCGCUAGUUUGCCAAGAAAAAGAGUGAAUACAAAAGAAAAAGAAACAAAAACUUUUUUUUUUAUAAAACACUUGCAUCUGUCAACAGCCGCAAAAAUUGCCGAAAUAAUUGCAGCCUCGCCUUACCAACAGCAACCAAAGCCUUCCCCUCCAGCUUCUGCAGCAGCCGCGCAAACACAAUUAUUUAUGACUAAAAUGAUUCCGCCGCUGCCCACUUCAGCCGUUCUAAUGCCUACGCCAAAGCAGAAGAUCGGCUUCAGCAUCGAAUCGAUUGUGGGUAAUGAUACAGUAGCCGCUUCGCCGCCACAAAGUGCCGUCGGCAGCAAUCAACAGCUUGGCGAGCAACUUCAUGCAACAAAUACAGCGAAUAGCACAAGUGGCCCCGGCUCACCGCCACAGACACCACCUGCUAUGCCAACAAAUUCAAACGUCACGCAAUUGCCAGGUGCGGCGCAUCUUACCAUGCAACUUCCACUACCACUAACACCGAACGCGCAACCACAUCACAUGCACGCUCACUUACCGCCUCACUUAACACCCGCACAGCAGCAUGCACUCCAUCAACAUUUACUGCUGCAACACCAUCAUCAUCAACAACAACAGCAACAGCAGCAGCUUUCACCCAACGGCGGCGCGCCUAUGCGCCAGGAUAUACAAGAUAUCAUACAGCGUUUGCACAGUUCCGCCGCCGCCGCAGCCGUCGCCAACUUGAGCGCACAUUCCACAAGUCCCUACAGUCCGCCACCACCAUCAGCGCAAGCACGCCAUAAUGUCUCGCCCGAGGAGGUGCCGUCUGCAUUGACGCAAAUGAUGCAUUUUAAACGUGAACGUUCGCCAUUGUCGUCGGCCGCUGAAGAGGCACAAAAUCCCGCACAACGUCAGCACAUGAAUCCACAACAACAACAACAACAUCCGCAGCCACCACAUACGCCACCAAAAUCGGUUUCGCCACCCUCUUCGCAUCCCUCAUCGCCGCCUGCCAUGCUGCCCGGCAGUCCAGCCGCAAUAUCAACACCUACACAGCAAACGCCACCAUCACAUCCCACAACACCGCAAUACCUUAAGCCGCCAACAGCACUAGGCGCCGGUCCGGGUGCAAUGAUUUUACCCGGCUUACCACAUGCGCCCGGCUUAGUGCGUCCAUUUCCAGUUGUUGGCCCAAGCGGCGUGCCACCGCCACCACCGCAGCAAGGUAUGCCCGAUAUCAAGGCACUGCCGCCAUACAUCAACGCGCCACCACCGGAGCUCCCACCACAACAUAAUCCGCACUUAAUAGCCGCUGCGCAAUUUCAAAUGGCCGCCGCUUUGCAGGGACAUGUGUUGGGCGGCGGUUUGCCACCACAUGCCUCACCAUUCAUGGCCGGACCCGGUAUGCCACGUGACAGCUAUCCGCUAUAUCCAUGGUUGCUGAGCCGACAUGGACGCAUCUUUCCACAUCGCUUUCCAGGAAAUUUCCUACUUCAGCCUUUCCGCAAACCAAAACGCAUACGCACCGCCUUCUCACCCUCCCAGCUGCUCAAGCUGGAGCAUGCCUUCGAAAGUAACCAGUACGUUGUUGGUGCUGAGCGAAAAGCACUCGCACAAUCGCUCAACCUGUCCGAAACACAAGUGAAAGUGUGGUUCCAGAACCGUCGUACAAAACACAAGCGCAUGCAGCAAGAAGACGACAAGGGCGAUGGCUCACACUCAGAUCGUAGCCGAAACCCAGCUAGCUGCGAUGAGGAUGACGAUGAUGAGCUCAUCGAUAUGGAGAUGGAUGACUGCCCGAGCGACGAUGAGCACGAGCUCGAUGCGAGUCACUGAAAGUACUACUACCCGGAGCCCGCCAGGGCAGGUGGACGCACAACAAUAUGUGUAAAUAGUGAAAAAAUCGCAAAGCACUGCGAACUGUAUGCAUGGAUAUGAGAGUUCCUUAAUUUAUUGACAUGAAGCACAAAAUAGUUAUGUGUGUGUAUGUACGGGUGUCAAGUGGUGAUUGUAAAUAGUGAAGACGGCGUUGCAAGGUAGUGACGAAAAUAAUGUGAUAUAAACUUAAAUAUGUAUGAAUAAAUUAGGAAAAUGGCUAAAGUAAAAUUCAAAGCGAACAAAUAAAGAAAAUAGACUAUUUUAAGAUUUUUAAGUAUUUAAUUAUUUAGCAAAAAGUUGAGUGACCUAGAAAAUGAAAUGGCGAAUAUUUUUUAUUGUAAAUAUGAAAAAAAUUAUUAUUGCAUAGGGCAUUUGAAGUAUUAAUUAAACUACAAAAAAUGUAAAACAAAAAAAAAAAUUUAAAAAUUUUCAAAAAAAAAAUCUUUAAACACUGCAACAUACAACAGUUGUAUAUAAAAUCAGUCGAAAGUUAUCGAAAUAGUGAAAUUAAUCAGUUUUAACUAUAAAAAUGUGCCAAAUCUAUAACGGUUUCGCAUACAUAUUUUACACAGAAAUCUUAUUAAAUGAACAAAAAAUUCAUUUAAUU